AUGGAGCAUAUCAAAAACACCUUCGCCAGAGUUAAGCAGGAAAAGCGUGCUGCUUUGGUCGCCUACAUUACUGCUGGAUACCCUACUAUUGAAGAGUCUGUAGAUAUUAUUCUCGGGUUGGAAAAUGGAGGUGCUGAUAUCAUCGAACUGGGAGUCCCGUUCACAGAUCCCAUUGCCGAUGGACCGACUAUCCAAACGGCCAACACGAAGGCGCUUGAGAACGGAGUCACUGUCACCACAGUAUUAGAGAUGGUCCGCUCCGCGAGAAACCGUGGCCUCAGAGCCCCCAUCAUGCUGAUGGGAUACUAUAACCCGAUGCUGCGUUAUGGUGAGGAACGUAUGCUCAGGGACUGCAAGGAGGCUGGCGUCAAUGGUUUUAUCAUGGUCGACCUUCCUCCGGAGGAGGCCGUUCGGUUCAGAGACCUUUGUACUAGCACCGGUCUUUCCUACGUCCCACUCAUCGCCCCUGCCACAUCGGAGUCCCGCAUGAAGCUCCUCUGCAAGAUCGCCGAUUCCUUCAUCUAUGUUGUCUCUAGAAUGGGUGUGACGGGUGCUACAGGAAAGCUUAGCUCGAAUCUUCCGGAACUGCUUUCCCGUGUGCACAAAUGGUCUGGCAAUGUCCCUACCGCUCUGGGGUUCGGUGUCAGUACCCGCGAGCACUUCCUCUCUGUUCAGGAAAUUUCCGAGGGUGUUGUCAUUGGUAGUCAGAUUAUCACUAUUUUGGGUCAAGCUCCUGCUGGCCAGGCGGCUCAAAAGGCCGAGGAAUACCUCACUAGUGUUACUGGUCGCAGAUUAGAAAGAGAUACCCAGGGCACAUUGACCCGUGAGGUCAAUGUAUUGGAGCCUGUUUUGAGGAUCGAACCUCUUCAAGGAUCGCAACCCACCGAUGUCAUUACUGAUGAGGAUACACCUGCGGGUCCUGGUCUUGGUGAUCAGCUCAAGGCUCUGAGUGGUGCUGGAAGCCCUGAUGCGUUGCCCGCUCGGUUCGGCGAGUUCGGCGGACAGUAUGUCCCCGAGUCCCUGAUGGACUGCUUGGCCGAAUUGGAGCGAGGCUUCAACCAUGCUCUCAACGACCCUUCCUUCUGGGAGGAGUACCGUUCAUACUACCCUUACAUGGGACGGCCCAGUACUCUUCACCUGGCAGAACACCUCACCGAGAGAGUUGGAGGUGCGAACAUCUGGUUGAAGCGUGAGGAUCUUAACCACACCGGUAGUCACAAAAUCAACAACGCUUUAGGCCAAAUUCUUCUUGCGAAGAGACUUGGGAAGACUAGAAUAAUUGCUGAGACUGGAGCUGGCCAACACGGUGUUGCUACCGCUACUGUCUGUGCCAAGUUCGGCAUGAAGUGUGUUAUCUACAUGGGUGCCGAGGAUGUGCGCCGCCAGGCCCUGAACGUUUUCCGCAUCAAGCUGCUAGGUGCGUCCGUUGUCGCUGUUGAAGCAGGCAGCCGAACCCUCCGUGACGCUGUGAACGAGGCUCUCCGUGCCUGGGUGGUUGACCUUGACACAACUCACUACAUCAUCGGCUCUGCCAUCGGCCCACACCCAUUCCCAACGAUCGUCCGCACUUUCCAGUCCGUCAUCGGUGACGAGACCAAACAGCAACUACAAGAGCAAAUCGGAAAGCUUCCCGACGCCGUUGUCGCCUGUGUCGGUGGUGGCAGUAACGCAGUGGGCAGUUUCUACCCAUUCUCCAAAGACACCAGCGUCAAGCUCCUCGGUGUCGAAGCCGGCGGCGAUGGCGUCGAGACAGAACGUCAUUCCGCUACCCUGUCAGGUGGUAGCAAGGGUGUGCUACACGGUGUCCGCACCUACGUUCUACAAAAUGAACACGGCCAGAUCUCCGAAACGCACUCCAUCUCCGCUGGUCUCGACUACCCCGGUGUUGGCCCCGAGCUGAGCAGCUGGAAGGACAGCAGCCGCGCGCACUUCAUCUCCGCCACCGACGCCCAGGCCCUCUCUGGUUUCCGUACGCUGGCCCAGACAGAGGGUAUCAUUCCUGCUCUUGAGUCAUCACACGCCGUCUGGGGUGCCAUCGAGCUUGCAAAGACUAUGGGCAAGGGCAAGGACAUCGUUCUUACUGUUAGCGGUAGAGGAGAUAAGGACGUCGAGAGUGUUGCCGAAUCCCUCCCUAAGCUUGGCCCCAUGAUUGACUGGGACCUGCGAUUCUAA